AUGCCCAUUGACAUCCAUCGAUCGGCCUACGAAGGUCAAGCCCAGCUGGUCUCGGCUGCUUUGGCUGAAGAUCCCAACCGAAUCAACGCACUCGACUCAGAUGGCCGAACACCUCUACACAACUCCAGUUCGAGUGGCAGCUUGUCUGUUGUCAGAGUCUUACUUGAGCAACAGGAACCGAAAUGCGAUAUCGAAAUACCAGACGCAAUGGGCUGGACAGCACUGAUUAUUGCAGCUUCUGCUGGGAUUACGGAGGUCGUAUCCGAGCUGAUCCAUGCCGGCGCAAACGUCAACGCAGUAAACCAAAAGGGGCAGACGGCUUUACACUAUGCCGCAUCGAAAGGUCGAUUAGAGAUUGGGAGGUUGCUAGUUCAGUAUGGUGCGGACAUCAACGCGAAAGACCGAGCCAACCAGUUACCGCUUCAUCGAGCCGCCUCCUCAGGAGCCACGCCAUUUGUGAAGUUGCUCCUUGAACCGCCGACUGGAGACGAAGAGAAAGGGUCGGAGAGGCGCAAAGCGAAGCUGAAUCUCGUCGACAAUGCUGGCCAUACCCCACUUCACCUCGCCUUCGAAUCGGGGCACGCAGAAACGGUCUGCGUGCUCAUCGAGGCCGGAGCUAAUCGAGAACGAUUGGACCCUGAUGGCAAGCGGCCCGAUCAACUCGUCGAGGUGCUCGGAGACGUCGCUUCGAAAAGAAUCUUACAAUACGUCGAAGCUCGGUGCGGAAAACUAGAGUAA